GGGAGAGAGGAGAAUGAGGACAGAACAGAGAUGGAACAAGAGCAGCAGGUGAAAACUACAAGAGCCAAAAAGGUCAUGAGUGAAAUUCUGACAGUAGUCAGUGAAAACUGAGACACGGACAAUACAGUGAUACAGGAAAAAUGGAUACACCAUUAAACACACAUCUAAGGAGGAAAACUUGGAAUGGGAGUGAGAGCACUAAAGAUAAAGAAAACAGUUUUAGCAUUUGUGAGUCUUGUAAGGCCCUGAUACAUGACUGCAACCAGUGUAACAAUCCAGCACGGAGUAGAAGAGAAAUGGCUGAACUAACUAAUUUGUCAAGAAACGAUGUUCCCCAACAGUAUGAAAUGAAGGAAAGAAAAAGAAAAAGGACACAAAAAAGAGGCUCUGAUUUAAACCCUCAUGGCAAACACAAGAAAAGUGGAACAAAAAAGGCAACAAGCUUACUUUCAGAACUGAUGUUUAAUCAAGAUCAUGCAAUUCCUCGUGUUAAACACAAGCAAACACAAACAGAAAUAACAGUUGAUGAUGAAUCAGCAGCAGGUAGCAGCAUUACAAAUUCUGAGAGUGAAGAAAUCGUGACACGCAGUAUUAUGAAGUCCGAAACCAUGCCAGAUGAUUAUAAACUUCAAGAAACAUCUGGAUCUAGUGGGCUGUGCAGCAGAUCCUGCCUCUUGCCUUGUUCUCACAGCAUGGUCUCACUGAGCAAAAUACCCUGCACAAACAACAACUUCACACAAGUAAACAGCUCACCUGAUGUGCUGUUAAAUGAGUUUACACCAGUUAUCACAGAUGAUUUUGAUGAUGAAACCUACCUGUUCCAGUGCUCCUGUCCAGGUCUGUACCAGUGCAGUGUGACCGGCCUGGUGUUUUUAAUGAAGGGAGAAGGAGACGUGGUUUACAGGACUGUCCCUUGGAACAGGAAGCUGCUGGCCCAACACCACAAGAAGCCUGCAGGACCCCUGUUUGACAUCAAAUGUCAGCAGCAGUCUGUGUGUCAGCUUUGUCUCCCACACUGUGAGAUCAUCUCCACAGGUGGAGGUCAGUUCUUGCAGGUCGCUCAUGUGAAGGAUGAGGGCAUCGAGUUCAUCACCCCUCAGCGGAUAACGGAAAGUCAUGUUAUUAUAAACAUCACAGGGUUUUCUGGUUAUGGUAUUGUCAGUGAUAAAGACUCUCCUCCUGACCCAGUCCAAGCUUUGGUUCUGCUCUUCUACAAACUCCCAGUUGAUCCUGAUCUGAGAUCCAUCCUCAGUGUGUUGUUGCUUCCAAGGAACAUCGUGAUCCGUGAUGUACAGCGCACCAGGAGGAAGCUAAAUGGGGAUGAGAGGUACAUAGACACUUCUCCUCAUUGCAAACUGCAUCCAAAGCAGUUUUACACUCUGUCCACUGUUCCUGAGGAUAACCUGAUUAAAGUUGAACCAGAAAAAGCUGAUUUUGAUGAUGAGUACUAUGACAGUUACUUUACGUCAUUCCAGGUGAUUUUAAGAAGAAGCCUCACAGAUGUUAACCUGAGUCUGAAAGAUAAGAGCAGCUCCACCUGUGUUUGGGAAAGAGAUGUGUGUCUUUUCUCCCCUACAGUGGGAGCUUUGAAUCGUCCUCCUUCUCAGAGGCUGAAAAACACACGAAGCUGCUUCAUUGAAGGGAUAUCAGGACCUGUUCUCAGCAGCCUGAUCGACAAACUGCUGGAGAAAACGGUGAUAACUGAUGCAGAGAGGGAGGAAGCAGACGCGAUGAAAAACAAAAGGGAGAAAGCUCGUUUUGUUAUUGACACUGUGAGGAGUAAAGGUGAUGAUGCCAGUUCAGAGUUUAUUAACUUUCUCCGUGAUGGCCUCAAGCUCACACUGGAACAGUUUGCAGCCAAGUGUGAAGCGGCGGGAAUGAGGAUCAACACCUCCAAAUCUGAUGCCAUGGCUCUCAGCUGGUGUUACGUCCCCACCCCUCGCCACCCCGCUGUGUCGCUGAAGUCUGCACCAUCUCCACCACUACGUCCCCGGAGCCGUGGCGGGCAGCCCGGCGCUGUGGCGCAAACUCGCCGCGGAGAACUGUUCUUCACCCCGGCUCCUCGGAGAAGAGGACCCACGGCGCGGCUACCUGGGAGUCACUCACGCGGUCCGGCUGGUGCAUCUCCAUUUGAACACCCCCGGUGCCGUGGCGCAGGCGUCUCAGAUGGCCAGCAGUCCCCGGUGGCAUCUCCUCUCUCCACGCUGGUCCUCGGGGAUUCCAUCGUCAGGAACGUGCGGAUGAGGGGGGCGCUCACGCUGUCGUUCCCGGGAGCCACCGUUGUCCACAUAGUGGACAGAAUUCCCAACAUCCUGGCGUCCCACCCACAGGCCAACCGGCUCAUCAUCCACAUCGGCACCAAUGACAUUCCCAAACAGUAA